AUGUGUACUGGAAAAUGUUCCCGUUGCAUUUCUGUUACUCUGUACCCAUUAGUGCUCCUCUCCAUCGUCUGUAACAUAGUGUUGUUCUUUCCCGGCUGGGAUGUCAAGUAUGCCAAAGGCGGGCACAUUACUGAGGAGGUGAGGUACAUGGGGGGACUCGUCGGAGGGGGUUUAGUGGUGUUGGUCUCAGCGCUUUACAUCAGCUUGACUGGAAAAAGGGGAUGCUGUGCGAAUCGCUGUGGGAUGUUCUUAUCAGUUGUGUUUGCUGCCAUGGGAGUGGCCGGUGCCCUGUACAGUUUCACUGUGGCCCUGCUCGGUACUGUUAAUGGGCCCCUCUGCAAAGACAAUGGGACAUGGAUUACACCUUUCAAAAACAGCAAUUCGAGCUACCUGUCUGACUCCAAGUUGUGGGCAGCCUGCAAAGAGCCUAAGAACGUGGUCCAGUUCAACAUUGGACUGUUCAUGACUCUGAUGGCAGCCAGCUGUCUGCAGGUGCUGCUCUGUGCUGCUCAGAUGAUCAAUGGCCUCUGUGGCUGCCUGUGUGGGACCUGCAACAGCAAAGAGGAGCCAUAGAUUCCUGGUCAGAUGAUGUCUGAGCAUUUGCAGUAAUAACACAUGUGAAGAGUUGACUAGAACCCCCUGCUGGAAGCUUGCGAGUAUUGUUCCUGGCUGAAUUUGUAUAAAACGUCUGCUUUGACACCCCCACAGUGUGUACAAUGUAUUAGGGUAUGUUGUAAAGAGCUCCCUUUUAGACAUAAUCAAUGCUAAUUAUGUGGUUCAGUUCAAUAAAGUAAAAGCUGCUGAUCUGCUGCUCCAAAUCUGUUUCAUGUGAUCAUUUUUGGCUCUUUGCAAUCUUCAGAUAAUAAAAAUAUAAUAAUAAAAUAAAUAUCU